UUCAGUCUUUACCUAUUCAAGAUAAAACGUCACUUGAACAAUUAAUUAAUUAAAAAGAUACUAUUCCAUGCAGAUGCAGUUGGAGAAUCCAAAUACAUCAACAUAACAAGAUAAGCAUUAAUCUCCAACUUGUAUUGUAUUCUUUGUAUUUCAAAUUCCAAACUUGAUCCACCAUUAAUCCACUUCAUUAAGGUUUUGAUUAUUUGAUUUAUUCCCACUCCAACUCCAACUCCUCCUUUUCUUUUCCCCACCUAACCUUUAUCUAUACAGUUUCAGUUUUUUUCUUUUUAAUUAUAUGAUUAUAUAUAAAUAACACCCAGUACUUGUUCUAGUUAAUUCUCUAACCUGAGAUCUAUCUGCUUUGCUUUUUCUCUUUUUAAUGAAAAAAGAAACCAUUUUUUUUAUCUCUGUUCCCGGGUUUAAAGUUUAAAGUAAACGCUCUUGUUGAUGGAUGAUUGGAGGAGCUGUCUUUUCUGUGGAAUUGGAGUGAACAAAUGGAGUAGGGAUGGGAUGAUAACAGUGUCUGUUAUGCAAUCAAGAUAGAUAAUACUGUUGGUUGCAUAUAUUUAUCUAUUUUGCCGUUUCUGAAAAUUCUUGAGGGAGGUUUUGAUUAUAUGUGAUUAAUGGAUCAAGAAACUCAUGAGAGUGAUAGAAUUGUUGAGAAUUUGAGUCAAGUUGGUAGAGCAACUGGUGAGAAUUCUAGUAAUUCGGUUGAUGGGGCUGUGCUAGACACUGUUAUUGGGAAAAAUUCAAUUGAAAGUUCGAGUGUUGGGAGAGAUAUUGAUGAAGUUGAGUUAAGUAAAACUUUAGGAGAAGGGCAAGAGAGGGUUAUAAAUCAUGAGGCAGAUGAUAGGAGAGUAGUUGCUGAGAAUUCGGGCAAUUCGGUUCAUGGGGUUAGAGUAGAUACAUUGAGUGUGAGUAAUUCAGAAGAAAGUACGAGUUAUAGUGGAGAAAAGGGGGGUUCUGGAUCGAAAAUUGAUGAACUGGGGUCAAAUGAUACAGUUGCGGAAGCACAGAAUACGCAUGAUCGGCAAAGUGUUGGGAGUCAAAUUGAUCAAGUGCCAGAGACUGUUAUUGUGGUAAAUUUGGAUCAGACAGCUGGUGUUAGCAGAGACAAUAAUGAAUUAGUAGAAGUAAAAGGUAAUGAACGGACCUCAAGUAAAGCAUUGGUGGAAAUGCUGAAGAGAAAGAAUUCUAGAGUGGAGAAGCAAUCCUGUGUGAUUGAUAUUAAAUGUGGUGGUGCAGAUGAGAAAGGAACUAAGGAGAGCGGGAAUGAGGAAAAGGUAUGUAGGAUUUGUCACUUAGACUCUGAACAAUCGUUGGAAACCACAGAUGCUACAGAUACUGUUGAUAGUUCCACUAUGGAUUUAAUUCAUCUUGGUUGUGGGUGUAAAGAUGAGCUUGGCAUUGCACAUAGCCAUUGUGCUGAGGCAUGGUUUAAGCUAAAAGGAAACAGGUUGUGUGAAAUUUGUGGCCAGACUGCGAAAAAUAUCACUGGUGUUGGGGAUUUCAGAUUUAUGGAGGAAUGGAACGAGCAUAGAUUUAUCGGAGGAAGUAGUAGCUCAUCAGAAAGGAGUGGAUGUUGGCGGGGGCAGCCAUUUUGUAACUUCCUAAUGGCAUGCCUAGUGAUAGCUUUUGUACUGCCAUGGUUUUUUCGUGUAAAUAUGUUUUAAUAUGGUGUGAAUAAAAACUUGAAUGGCCCUUCCCUUGCAUCAUGUUCAACCAAGUUCUAGUAGAUAUAUUCAUUACCAGGACGGUUGAUUCGAGCCUGCAGAAUUUAAAAGGUUGCCCACCUUGACAACCAGGAUAUGCAAAAUCAUGCAGUAUUUUACUUCUGGAAUACAGUUUUCUUUUUCCUCCCUAUGUAUCUGUUAUUUCAGACUGUUUGACGGUACUUGUCGCACAUGGAAUAUUUACAAUUCUUAUUCAGGAGUUCCAACUGUAAAUACCAGCAGAAAAUUGGUUAUUCAUUCAAACUUUACAGAAAGUGAAAUAUUAAGUUAUUUUCAUGUAUUUUAUUCGGUACACUGGCCUCCUACAGAAGUUGAAAAAUUGGCGAUGAGUGAUCAAUUUCAUUUACUUCCAG